AUGGCUUCCGUGGAGAAACGUCAGGUAUUACCUACGAAUGUGAGGCCGACUCACUAUAACUUGGUUUUGAUCCCGGACUUAAAUGACUUUACUUUUACUGGGACCGAAGUCGUCAAUUUAAAUAUUAAUGAGAAUACAAAAGUUAUAACCCUUAACGCUAAUGAGGUCGAAGUCAGAUCUGCAAAAUUGGUGAGUCUGAAUUUAAAAACUAGCUACAGCUUUAGUGCUGUGGACAUUACUCAUGAUGAACAAAAGCAAACGGUGACUCUGAGUUUUCCCGAUGAACUACCUGCCGGUUGUACGGCCGCUCUACACCUAGUAUUUGCUGGUUCCCUAAAUGAUAAAAUGGUUGGCUUUUAUCGGAGCUCCUACAAAGAUGAACUUAAACAAACAAAAUAUAUGGCAUCGACUCAAUUUGAAGCCACCGACGCCCGGCGCGCGUUCCCUUGCUGGGAUGAACCAGCAAUCAAGGCUACCUUUGAUAUUACAUUAAUUGUACCAUCAGAAUUGGUUGCGUUGAGUAAUAUGAACGUAAUAUCCGAAAAGCCUCUGGACAAUGGAAAAAAAGAAGUCAAAUUUGCUACAACACCUAUGAUGAGUACCUAUUUGGUUGCAUUUGUUGUUGGUGAUUUGGCGUAUGUUGAAACAUCGACCACCGGGAUUCUAAAUGAAGGAAAACCUGUGCUAGUUCGAGUUUAUGCGACAAAGGGUAAUGAAAAAAAUGGAGAAUUCUCCUUAAAAGUUGCCGCAGAUGUGCUGGAGUACUUUGCUGGAGUCUUCGGAAUUCCCUAUCCACUUCCAAAGUGUGACAUGGUUGCUGUUCCCGAUUUUGAAGCCGGGGCUAUGGAAAACUGGGGUCUUAUAACUUAUCGCACUACAGCAAUUUUAUUUAACCCUAAAGAUUCUGACGCUAGAUUUAAACAACGCAUUGCAUACACCGUGUCCCACGAACUAGCACAUCAGGGUCUACAGCGAGGACUUCAGCUUGAUGCGUUGAAAUCGUCCCAUCCUAUCGAAGUGCCUGUUAAAGAUCCAAGCGAAAUCCAUCAGAUUUUUGAUGCCAUCAGCUAUUAUAAGGGUGCUUCUGUUAUACGGAUGUUAAGCAACUAUCUUGGUGAAGAUGUUUUCUUGUCUGGUGUGAGGAGAUAUCUUAAACGUCAUGAAUAUGGCAAUGCCAGCACAGAUGAUUUAUGGAAGGCGCUGGCCGAAGAAAGUGGAAUAAAUGUUGGUGAAUUUAUGUCUGUUUGGACUAGAGUUGUCGGAUACCCGGUUUUAAAUGUUACGGAAGCGGAUUCUGAUACUUUAGAUAUUCGUCAAUCCCGUUUCCUUUCAUCGGGUGUUAUGGAUUCGAAUGAAGAUACUACAACUUGGUGGAUUCCUCUUGGCGUAGAUCUCGGACCUAAUAUUAAAAGUGAUGUAGGAAAUGCUAUUCUUUCAGAAAAGUCGAAAAUUAUAAAGUUACCGAAUCGUGUAGAAGAUUUCUAUCAACUCAAUGCACGAAAAACCGGGGUUUUUAGAGUAAACUAUUCUCCCGAGCGUCUGGCCAAGUUAGGUCAGGCUGUUAAGAAAAAUCUCCUUGAAACUAGUGAUCGUGUCGGAUUAAUCGCUGAUGCUGGCGCUUUGUCCAGAAGUGGGCAUGGAAAGACCAGCGGUAUGUUGAGCCUUAUAAAUGAGUUUGAAGGUGAAGAAAAGUACAUUGUAUGGAUGGAGAUUAAUUCUCGUUUGACCGAUUUAUUGACUACUUGGUUCGAACAACCUGAGCCCAUAUAUCAAGGUCUUCUUGCAUUUCAACGUCACUUGGUGUCCGGAUUAGUCCGCAAGUUGGGCUGGGAAUAUUCCGAUAGUGAUGAUUACUUAACCACGAUGUUAAGAACCUUGAUGGAUAAUUCUUAUUUCUCCAAUAGUGUCGUUGAAGAGGCACGUCGCCGUUUUAACCUAUUUAUGUACGAAAAUGAUGAAACCGCUUUUCAUCCAAACAUUCGAGGCGCGGUUUAUGAGAUAGUGCUAACCCAAGGUGGAGAAAAAGAAUUCAAUGCUAUCCUGGAUGUUUAUAAGAAAGCCGGGACAGCGGAUCAAAAAAUUGUUGCUCUGACUGCGCUAGGUUUUGCACAACAAGAAAACCUUAUUCAAAGAUUUUUGCAAUUUGCAAUAUCCGAUGAAGUAAAGAAUCAAGAUAUUAUUUAUGCUUUGGCGGGGUUGCAAUCCAAUCGUAAAUCGCGUAGACCUUUGUGGAAUUUCAUGAAACAAAAUUGGGAAUUGAUUCAUGAACGGUACUUCAAGUCUUUGGUUCUUUUCGGAAAUGUCGUCAAAUAUUCAACCGAGUCAUUUUCAUCCGAGGAUGAUAUUCGUGAUAUUGAAAAUUUCUUCAAAGACAAGAAUACAAAGGAAUUUGAAAGACCGUUAAAACAAAGCUUGGAAAAUAUUCGCGUCAAUGCGGCUUGGUUGACGCGAGAUGAGGAGGAC